AGGGGGUGUGUUUGUGCGGAGCUGAGGGCCCAAGGUACGGAAUAGUUUGGCCGCCCUGGGAGCCUGUCGCGGCUGCGACGUUUUGACGUGUGAAGGGGCGGGGCGGGGCGGGCGGCCGGCAUCAUGGUGGAGUCCAGCUGAGCGCGCGGGCUGGGAGAUACUUUAUUCAAGAGAACUUAAGGCACGUUGCAGAAAUCAAGACCCUGGAGCCACUACACCCCGAACCCACCCAAGGUGUGCUCCCGGACCCUGAAGGUGGAGAAGGAACCUCUGCUGCAUAUGUUUCUCCUUCCCAGAGGCUAGCGAAGAUUAGAAGGCGAAAAAAACUCACUCGGGAUGAAAUGUUUUCUGACCUCAUGCUGACCUCCCACACUGAUCGAGCACAGCAAAAUAUGUGGAGGCAGACAAUCUCAGAGUGCAGGAAAGCACAAUAUGAACUCGAGGAGAAGUGGUGGGCUGAAGAUGAUAGGUUGUGUCAGCUUGCUCACAGAAGGCAGGAAUCAAUGCUCAGGCUGCUGGAGGAUCAAACUCAUAUGCUCCAGCGUAUGGUUGAGCUGCAGGAGAGACAGCAGAACCACAGACCUCUGCUACAGCCCCUGUGUAACCAACCGCCCUCCACUCCAAGUUGCAUAGCCUCCUCACCCAGACGCCCAAGAAUGCGGUGGGAGGCCCUCCGGCCACCCAGCCACUCCACCCCAGAGGAUUGUCCAAGCAACAGAAGACUGGCAUUCAAUGAGUUUUAAAGUUUUAAACUUUUAAAGUGCUGUGUGGCCUUGUCCUUCCCUCCUCCACCACCCCACCCGGUGCUUCUCUCCUCCACCACCCCUCCCGGGCUACCUUGGCAGUUAUCCCCCUGUUUGUGUGAUGAAUAAAUAAAGAAUGCAUAAAUGUGAAGCAACAAUGGCUUUACCGCUUCUGCAAGCGGUGAUCGAAGGGGGGAGGGCAGGGUGCUUAGCUUACAGGAAAAUAGAGUGAACCCGGGGGUGGAGGGGUUUCAUCAAGGAGAAACUAAUGGAACUUUCACACCGUAGCCGGGCCAGUCAUGAAACUGGUUUUCAAAGCUUCUCUGAUGCGCACCGCGCCCUCCUGUACUCUUCUAAACGCCCUGGUGUCUGGCUGCGCGUAAUCAGUGGCCAGACGAUUUGCCUCAACGUCCCACCCCGCCAUAAACAUCUCCCCUUUACUCUCACAGAUAUUGUGGAGCACACAGCAAGCAGUAAUAACAAUGGGAAUAUUGGUUUCACUGAGGUCUAAACGACUCAGUAAACUGCGCCAGUGUGCUUUUAAAUGCCCAAAUGCACAUUCUACCACCAUUCUGCACUUGCUUAGCCUACAGUUGAACAGCUCCUGACUACUGUCCAGGCUGCCUGUGUAUGGCUUCAUGAGCCAUGGCAUUAAGGGGUAGGCUGGGACCCCAAGGAUAACUGUAGGCAUUUCAACAUCCCCAACGGUUAUUUUCUGGUCUGGGAAGUAAAUCACUUCCUGCAGCUGUUCAAAGAGACCAGAGUUCCUGAAGAUGUGAGCGUCAUGUAUCUUUCCCGGCCGUCCCGCUUUGAUGUCUGUGAAACGUCCCUUGUGAUCCACCAGUGCUCGCAGCACCAUUGAAAAGUACCCCUUUCGGUUUAUGUACUCGCUGCCUUGGUGCUCCGGUGCCAAGAUAGGGAUAUCGGUUCCGUCUAUGGCCCCACCACAGUUAGGGAAUCCCAUUGCAGCAAAGCUAGCCGCUAUGACCUGCACGUUUCCCAGAGUCACUACCCUUGAUUUUAGCAGCUCAGUGAUUGCGUUGGCUACUUGGAUCACAGCAGUCCCCACAGUAGAUUUGCCCACUCCAAAUUAAUUUCCGACUGACCAGUAGCUGUCUGGUGUUGCAAGCUUCCACAGGGCUCUUGCCACUUGCUUGUGAACUGUGAGGGCUGCUCUCAUCUUGGUAUUCUUACGCUUCAGGGCAGGGGAAAGCAAGUCACAAAAUUCCAUGAAAGUGCCCUUACGCAUGCGAAAGUUUCUCAGCUACUGGGAAUUGUCCCAGACCCACAACACUAUGCGGUCCCACCAGCCUAUGCUUGUUUCCCAGGCCCAAAAUCGGCAUUCCAUGGCAUGAACCUGCCCAAUUGAUACCAUGACAUGCACAUUGCAGGGGCUCGUAUUUUGUGAGACGUCUAUGUCCAUGUCCUCAUCACUCUCAUCACCACGCUGCAGUCGCCUCCUCGCCUGGUUUCGCUUUUGUUGCAGGUUAUGGUUCUGCAUAUCCUACUGGAUAAUGCCCUCGGUGUUUAUAGUGCUGAUAAUUGCGGCGGUGAUCUCAGCGCCAUGUUCCCUGUACGAUGGCAUCUGUGCUGAAAAAAGGCGCAAAACGAUUGUCUGCCGUUGCUCUUACAGAGGGAGGGGCGACUGAUGACAUGGCUUUACAGGGUUGGCUUACAGGGAAUUAAAAUCAACAAAGGGGGUGGCUUUGCAUCAAGGAGAAACAGAAUGGCCCCCUCAAGAAUAGAACUCAAAACCCUGGGUUUAGCAGGCCGUUGAUUUCAUGGAGGGAAGGAGAGAAGGGGGAGAAAAUGAAUACAAAUGAAUACAAAACAAAUCUGGUCUAUUUCUUGUUUUGAUCCACAUCAUCUAUCUUUAUACAUCUUAGGCUGGCAGCAGACGGUGCAGUACUACUGCUAGCCAUUGUCAUCUCUGGGGUGCUCGCCAGAAGACGGUGCAGUAGGACUGCCGGCAGGACUGAAUCUUAGGAGACUAAACUUAAAAAGGGAAAUGACCUGGCUGAGUCACUCCCAUGUUUGCCCAGACGCCCCUGACUGAUCUCACCGAGGUUAGCUAAAAGCCAUCAACGCUGUACUCCUGGGUGCUCUACCAGUCAUAAUACACCGUCUGCUGCCAAAAGGCAAUGAGCUGCUGCUGUGUAGCAGUGCACUACUGCAUCUGCCAGCACUCAGGAGACAUACAGUGAUGAACUCAAGGCUGAGUUUUCACUUUCUUGAGAUUGGUGCUCAUAAGAAACGUGGUACUGAUAGAGUGUUUAUUAUUCAUGAUGCCUGCUGCUUGUGAUUCACUGCUUGAAGAUAUUGAGGAUAUUGUGUCAGCACAAGAUGUGAAACCACAUGACCGACAGUUUGCACGAAAGAAUGUUGUUCCUAAAGUGCGAAAACGCAGUUCACAAAAAAACGUUCAGGCAGAUGAUGAUCCACCAAGCGAUAGCAUUAUUCCCGGUGCACAAAAAAUUUGGAUACGCACAUGGGGAUGUUCUCAUAAUAAUUCAGAUGGGGAAUACAUGGCUGGACAGUUGGCUUCUUAUGGGUACAAAAUUACAGACAAUGCCGCAGAAGCAGACUUGUGGCUUCUUAACAGUUGCACGGUAAAAAGCCCAGCUGAAGACCACUUCAGAAACUCAAUUAAGAAAGCCCAAGAAGACAACAAGAAAGUGGUUCUAGCUGGAUGUGUUCCACAAGCCCAGCCUCGUCAAGAUUACCUCAAAGGUCUGAGCAUUAUAGGGGUUCAGCAAAUAGAUCGUGUAGUAGAAGUUGUGGAGGAAACUAUUAAAGGUCACUCUGUGAGACUGCUGGGUCAGAAAAAAGAUAAUGGAAAACGGUUGGGGGGAGCUCGAUUGGAUUUGCCAAAGAUUAGGAAGAACCCACUGAUAGAAAUCAUUUCCAUCAAUACCGGGUGUCUCAAUGCAUGUACCUACUGCAAAACCAAGCAUGCCAGAGGAGACCUAGCAAGUUAUCCAGUUGAAGAACUAGUGGACAGAGCCAAACAGUCUUUUCAAGAGGGUGUUUGUGAGAUAUGGCUGACCAGCGAAGACACAGGGGCUUAUGGCAGAGACAUUGGCACAGACCUUCCUACACUUCUGUGGAAGCUGGUUGAAGUUAUUCCUGAGGGAGCUAUGCUGAGACUUGGCAUGACAAAUCCUCCCUAUAUUUUAGAGCAUCUGGAGGAAAUGGCAAAGAUUCUCAAUCAUCCAAGAGUAUAUGCUUUUCUUCACAUACCAGUCCAAUCUGCUUCUGACAGCAUACUCAUGGACAUGAAAAGAGAAUACUGUGUGGAAGACUUCAAACGGGUAGUGGAUUUCCUUAAAGAAAAAGUGCCUGGAAUAACAAUUGCUACAGACAUCAUCUGUGGUUUUCCAGGGGAGACAGAUGAGGAUUUUCAAGACACCAUGAAACUUGUAGAAGAGUACAGGUUUCCAAGCCUCUUUAUUAAUCAGUUUUACCCACGUCCAGGGACUCCUGCUGCAAAAAUGCAUCAAGUUCCAGCCCUAGUGAAAAAGCAAAGAACAAAGGAUCUAUCCCAACUGUUUCAUUCAUACAAUCCUUAUGAUCCUAAGGUUGGCGAGAGACAGAGAGUUCUAGUAACAGAAGAAUCUUUUGAUUCCCAGUUUUAUGUUGCUCACAAUCAGUUCUACGAGCAGGUUCUCGUGCCAAAGAACCCUGAAUUCAUGGGUAAAAUGGUAGAAGUGGACAUUUAUGAAGCAGGGAAACAUUUUAUGAAGGGGCGGCCAGUGUCAGAUGCCAAUGUGUUCACUCCAUCCAUCACCAGACCGCUAGCAAAAGGACAGGUUUCCGGUAUAACAGAGGAGUUCAGAUAUGUGCUGGAAAAUGGCUUGAAUUUGAAAGCAUGCCCUUCUGCUGGAAUCCGAGAAAAAGCAUCAUUGAGUUCCAGGAAGGUGAUGCAACUUCCUUGGCAGCAAGAAGGAGGUGGACUGAAGAUGCUGUCUGUCAGCCUGGCUUUACUGGCAAUUCUUGUUACUUUUUAUUACGGAGGUGUUUAAAUAGAACACUGAACUGAAUGAAGCUUUUGUGAACAAAAAUAAAGUGCUGAUUAAAAUCUU